AUUCGACGGACUCAGCUGAACUGGGGACAGAACCGACACCAGCUACAUUAACACUGGAAACACUCGUUUGGUUGUUUUUUAAAACUUGUUUCAGGCGAAAUAUCUGGAGGUUAAUGCGGAAUGUUCGCUCGCCGAACUCGGCUGAAAAACACAGUCGUUUAAUGUCGCCUAGCUGUGUAUCCUGUGGACUCGGAGCGAUCUGGUGACUGCUGGACAAGUUCAAAUCCCGCUGGAUCAGCUGUUGUAUGCUGCUUUCACUGUAUGCCGAGUGGACAACUGGGUUCUACAGAUUCUCAGACGUCUGAAGUCUUUCUCUCACAAGCACUCACAUGAGCUCUUCCUGUUCCUGGAACACAGAGGAGCGUUUGAUUUACUCUGCUGUGUCUCCCAGUCGUCUGAAGCAGAGUGGACUGUCUCCACCCGCCUGCUGAGGGACAAACAUGCCGUCCAACAAAUCAGUGUCAGACGCUCCCAUCACUCAGUUCAUCAACUGCAGGAUACUGAGAGAGCACCGGCUGCAGAGAGACGACCUGUGGGUGCGUGACGGGAGGAUUUUAGAUCCAGAGAAGCUGUUCUUUGAUGAGCAGGGCUACGCCGACAAACGUGUGGACUGUGAAGGCAGCAUCAUCGCCCCGGGCUUUAUAGACGUUCAGAUCAAUGGUGGAUACGGCAUCGACUUCUCUCAGGCCUGCGAGGACGUCUGCAGUGGAGUUUCCUUCGUGGCCAAAAAGAUCCUGGAGCACGGCGUGACGUCUUUCUGUCCCACGCUGGUCACGUCUCCUCCGGCUGUUUACCACAAGGUUCUGCCUCAGGUCAAAGUUCACAAUGGAGGAUGUCAUGGAGCUGGAGUUCUUGGUUUUCAUCUGGAGGGUCCGUUCAUCAGUCUGGAGAAGAAAGGCGCUCACCCCGCACAGUUCCUCCGACCCUUUAAGUCUGGAGACAUCAGCGACCUCAUGGAGGCCUACGGCAGCCUGGACAACGUUGCCAUGGUGACGCUGGCUCCUGAGCUGGCCAACAGCCAAUCAGUGGUGAGGGAGCUGUCCCAGAGAGGCAUCACUGUGUCUUUAGGACACUCUGUGGCCAACCUGUCACAGGCUGAGGACGCCGUUAAACAUGGAGCCUCCUUCAUCACUCACCUGUUCAACGCCAUGCUGCCUUUCCACCAUCGGGACCCGGGUAUAGUGGGUCUGCUGACCAGUGACCAGGUUCCUGCAGGCAGGACGGUCUACUACGGGAUGAUUGCUGAUGGGAUCCAUACCAACCCUGCAGCCCUACGAAUCGCUCACAGAGCUCAUCCAUCAGGUUUGGUGUUGGUGACGGAUGCGAUCACUGCGAUGGGUCUCCCUCCAGGUCGUCACACUCUGGGUCAGCAGGUCAUUGAGAUCCAGGGACUCCAUGCCUACGUAGCAGGCACCACGACGCUCUGCGGCAGCAUAGCCACCAUGGAUAUGUGUGUACGGCACUUUAAACAGGCCUCAGGCUGCAGUGUAGAGGAAGCUCUGGAAGCAGCGUCGCUUCAUCCCGCUCAGCUGCUCGGGAUCAGCAGCAAGAAGGGAAACCUGGACUACGGUUCAGACGCAGACCUUGUGUUGCUCGAUGAAGCCCUCAACAUUAAAGCCACCUAUAUAUCUGGAGAGGAGGUCUGGAGAAAAGAACCAUAGAAGAAGCCUGCAGAUGGAAACUGACCUGCGGUGCCUUCAGGGGACGCUGUUCACCACAGAACCACAAAUCUGUUGAAUGUUUUAAUUCAUCAGAACACACAGUGAACUUUAUCUUCAUCUAAACGAACCGGAUGGAUUCAUAUUAAAAUUCAGUGCACAAAUUUGCCCAGAGGAUGAUAUCUGCUCACUUUUCUUCUAGUCCUGGAAAUAAGUCCAAACUUCUAUUUGUCAAACACUUAAGUUCAUAAGAAGACUCAUCUAAAAUCUUCUAAAAUACAGCUAAUGACUACAACUCCCAUGAGCCUCAGCUGCACUACCAAAAAGAUUCACUUUAUGUUCAAAGUGCAACUUCGGCUGUUGGAAGUUGACUGAAGUUUGAUGUACAGCUGAGUCAGCUGAGGUGAUGAAUAUUUUAUCCUCCAUCAUCGACAUAAAUCCUGUCUGGAGUUCAGAUGGCCACCGUACAGAGGGUGAAGACAUGUUCAGUUUUCACUUCACUGACGUUUAAUACUUUCAAUAAAUACAUUUUUUUUUUUAGUUUAAGUAUCUUUAAAUCAAAUAACAGUGAUCCAGUUCUGCUUUCACUCUAUCUAAAUUUUGAUGGCGGUGGGAACAUGACAGUAAGUGUUUUAUAAAUACUUAAGCACUUACUGCAAACGUCACUUUUUUAUAAGCCUGCAUUCAGAUGCUUUGCUGUGUGUUUUAUUUACAUUUAUAUAUAUGAUUUAAAAGGAAACACUUUGGUAUUAAAUGAGAUAAAUCAACUUUCAGAAUGUUUUCACUGUGACAUCAUUGUUCCUCUUUUAAGCAAUAAUAUUCACUUUUCUGAUAUUA